UACAACUUAGUAUACUGGAGACCGCGCUAGUGUUCGCGCGUUUCUCGCGACUAUAAAUUUGUUUAUUGUCGUAUGCGCUGUAAGACUUAAAUCGUAUAAUAUAUUUCUUGCGCACAUCUAAUAAAAAACAACAACAUGCUUGCGUUAUUUCUUGUGGCAAUUGUGGUUGUGGCUCUAUACUUAUACGGGACAAGAAACUUCAAGUACUGGGAGCAAAAAAAAGUGAAACAUGAUAAACCAGUACCCUUUUUCGGUAAUAAUACAAGGAAUUAUUUUAUGCAACAAAGCGUAUGCCAAGCGGCAGUGGAAAUGUACUGGAGGUAUCCAACGGAGAAAGUGGUAGGGUUUUAUCGAGCGUCUCGUCCUGAACUUAUUAUUAGAGACCCAGAAAUUACCAAACGAAUACUCACGACUGACUUUGCUAUGUUUUAUCCGCGUGGACUUAACAUGCAUCGCCAUGAGAUAGAACCUUUGCUUCGAAAUUUAUUUUUCGCUGACGGUGACCUUUGGAGGUUAUUGCGUCAACGUAUGACACCCGCCUUUACUAGUGGGAAACUAAAGGCUAUGUUCCCGUUAAUCGUAGAACGAGCCGAACGCCUGCAAGACUGGGCACUUAACGCUAUUUCCAACGGACAGGAGAUCGACGCCCGCGACCUAAUGGCACGAUACACAACCGACUUCAUUGGUGCCUGUGGAUUUGGACUUGACUCAGAUUCACUUAAAGAGGAGAACUCCGCUUUUCGAAAACUUGGAGCUACUAUAUUUCAAGUUGGACCCAAAGAGGUUUUCGUCGUUGUUUUGAAAGAACUCUUUCCUAAUAUAUUCAAAAAAUUGAAACUUUUAUCUCGAGUGGAAAAAGGAAUGUAUCAAUUAGUCAACGAAGUCCUACGACAAAGAAAUUAUGAACCAUCAGGCAGAAACGACUUCAUAGAUCUUUUACUUGAAUGUAAGAAAAAAGGAACAAUUAUUGGCGACUCAAUAGAAAAAAUAAAACCAGACGGAACACCAGAAAUCGCAUCUGUAGAAAUGAAUGAAGAUCUCAUAGUAGCUCAAGUAUUUGUCUUUUUCGCUGCUGGUUUCGAAACGUCCUCCUCAGCAACCAGCUUUACCUUACAUGAGCUAGCGCAUCAUCCCGACAUACAAAAUAAGGUACAAGAAGAAAUAGAUAGAGUCUUAGAAAAGUAUGAUAACAAAUUAAGCUACGACGCCAUCAAGGAAAUGCAUUACUUAGAGUGGACAUUUAAAGAAGCAAUGAGAAUAUUCCCGUCACUUGGUUUUUUGAUUAGAGAGUGCGCACACAAGUACACUUUCGAAGAUUUAGAUCUAACCAUUGACGAAGGAGUAAGAGUGAUAAUACCUAUUCAAGCAAUGCAAAAUGAUUCUAAGUAUUUUGACAACCCGAAUGAAUUCCGCCCUGAAAGAUUUGAUCCAAAUAAUUUUAAUGUUGAUAACAAGUAUGUAUACUUGCCAUUUGGUGUUGGACCUCGUGCUUGUAUUGGUGAGCGGCUCGGCCUGAUGCAGUCGCUGGCGGGGCUCGCCGCAGUGCUAUCGCGUUUCACCGUGAGACCAGCACCCUCUACUCUACGACACCCAAUAGUUAAUCCCACCUCAGGCGUCGUGCAAACUAUUAAAGGCGGCCUGCCACUGUUAUUCCGAGAAAGGAAGCCUAGAGGCUAAUAGAUUCUGACGCGACCGGAUCGGACGGAAAUGUAUAUUUUAUACUCCAUAGGUUACUAUUUCAACAAUGGUUAAAUGAGCCCUGAAUAUUGAAUAAACUUCUACUACUGAUAAUAAUUACAAUGAGGUCGCGACACUUUUGCAUUGAGUAUUUUCAUAGUACUAUAAUUAAACCUUUUUGAUGGAGCUUUCAUCUGCUAUUUUUUUGCGAUGAUUAUCUCUAUAAUUGAGACUUAACAAAUUAAUAGUCUCUAUAAGUACGACAUAAUUUAUUACUUUAUCCUUUUGAAUAUUGAUCAGGACAGGCGAUAUGUUUUAUUUAAACACUCGAAUAUAUAUAUAUAUAUUAUAUAUUGUAUUGACAUGUUUUGCUCUUUAUUUCUUUGGAAAUUAAAAAAAAGAGGUGAGCUAUGAGUUUUGUACAGAGAGUUUUAAAACGUGAUGGAAAAUGGUUAACGAAUUUAUUGUAUAUAUAUUUAAAAAUAAUAUAUGUCAAAAUUGGAAAUACUGGUAUAUAUAUAUUCUUUCCUUUUUUAAACCUUAAGAGUUGUAUUGUUAACAAAGCAGUAAAUAAAAAAACAUAAAUAAAUAAUAUUCAUUUUAGUAAACAUUUUCACCUCUAUAAGUGAUAAACUGUUUAUUUAGAUCUCUAAGUGGGACCUUUUCUAAAUAAGUCAACUGUCAAUUUAAACCUGUUUAUUUGAGAAAACUGGGUAAAUAAAAAGCCUCUUCAAGUGAUAGUAAAUCCUAGGUUCCUUGAGAUUGCAAUUAUGUCAAGAGACAUUAGCCAACUGCGCAGGACAUAUUAUAGCGCACAAGUGUGUGCGCACGUACAGCUGCACUCUCUAUUGUAGCACUCAUAAUCCGAUGGGACGGCAAUCCGACACGACCGAAAAGAGUUCAAGCGCAGGACCAACGGCUUUACGUGCUUUCCGAGGCACGGCCGCGGACACACUUUCAUCUUGCUACUGGCUGGCUACUACUGAUAAUUUUGUGACAGACAACCCCAAUAACUUUUUAUUGGCCCAACCUAGGAAUUGAACCCAGGACCUCUGUGUAUGCAGCCUUAUAUCUAACCACUAAACCAACGAGGCAGUCUAAGGAUGUAAGGUAACCUUCCUAUUGCCUGAAGACUGAAGACUGCCUCGUUAGUCGGUUCGUACCUACUGAUAUAAAGUAUGUACAUACUUAAAUAAAUGUACAUUUUAUCCGUGUUAGUAAAAAUAAUUUUCUUUAUAAAACUAUUAUGUAUCAAUUUCGAAAAUUUCUCGUGAUUUAGAUUAGUAAGAACUAUACUACUUUUUCUGUAUUUUAACGUAAAACAAAGAUGCGUGUAUCAAAUGUCAAAUAGUAUUCUAAAAUAACACGAUAGUCCUCAACUACUGGGAACAUUGUACAGAACAAUAAUAUAUUUCACACACAAGCCGUUAGGUAAGCUUGUCAAACUUCGAUCACUAGUUUUUAUUAGUGAUCGAAGCUGUCAAACUAUAACAGUUAGUUAACAGGUGUAUGGUAUUGGAAAUUUGUAACAAUAAAUACUUACUAUCUAAGAGAGUAUUGAGAAAAAUAAUAUUAAAUAAAGAAUAUUAUUUGUUAAAAAAUUA